UCCCGGCGCGUGCGCGAUAGCCUCUGUCGCGCGGAGCGGCUGUGCGGGCGAAGCCGGCGGGAAACCCGGCGCCCUGGAGGAGCCGCGGGUCGCGGCGCGGCUAGAGCCGCAGGACGACGAGGAGGAUGAGGAGGAGGCGCUGCCGCACUCCGAGGCGGUGGACGUGUUCCAGGAGGGCCUGGCCAUGGUUGUGCAGGACCCGCUGCUCUGCGACCUUCCGAUCCAGGUUACUUUAGAAGAGGUUAAUUCCCAAAUAGCAUUAGAAUACGGGCAAGCAAUGACAGUGCGAGUGUGCAAGAUGGAUGGAGAAGUUAUGCCCGUGGUUGUAGUCCAGAACGCCACUGUCCUGGACCUGAAGAAGGCCAUCCAGAGAUACGUGCAGCUCAGGCAGGAGCGCGAGGGAGGCAUUCAGCACAUCAGCUGGUCCUACGUGUGGAGGACAUACCACUUGACCUCCGCGGGAGAGAAGCUCACAGAAGACCGGAAGAAACUCCGAGAUUAUGGUAUCCGGAAUCGGGAUGAGGUGUCCUUCAUCAAAAAGCUGAGACAGAAAUGAAUCUCCAGACUUGGACAGCUCUGUGUGCGGGCGGCUGAGCUCUUCCCUGGCAGAAGGAAGCCUUGGGCCACCAUGCCCUUUCCCCAAAUGGGUGGGAGAGAGCCUGACCCCAGCUGGACUUGCCUGGACUCUUAAAUGAACCCUGAUCCCAGGGCUGUGGGCCUGGCCCUGUGUACAGAAUAAACCCUGUUUCCUUUGA